AAGCUCGAGAGCUUGUGCUAAUUGUGGCUACCCUCGGCAUCCCUCUGGCGGCCCAUGCAGGCGGGGGCACUGGCGGAGUUCCUCACGACCGAGGCGCUGCGCUGGCCGGGGCUCUCUUCGCUUUUCCUGGCGAGCCGCUGCCCCGAGGUGCCGCCGUGCCCCGCGGCGCCGCCCUGCCCAGAGUUCCCCGAACUCCCGGCCUGCCCGGCCUGCCCGGGGGCGCCGCCCGUCCCCCCGACGAAGGCCGCGGCGCCCGCCGCGGGCUGGUGGGCCGAGGCCGCCUUGGCGGGCUUCGGCGCCGGGGUGCCGGCGUGCGCGCUCAUCCUCUGGGCGUGGGGCUGGAGCCGACCGCGGCAAGCGGAGCCUGGCUUCGUGGGCGAGGCCGCCCCAGCCGUCGGCCGUGCGACGCCCGGCGGCGAUGGCGGCAGCGGGCGCAGUGGUGGCGCUGCAGCCGCAGCUGAUCCAGGAGUGGUUCUUCGUGCUCUACGCGGUGCCGGGGCCCCCGGUGUACCACCAGCGCCAGGUGAUACGGUGCCGGCGCGCAGUGUGCUCGGCGAUUGAUCUCGGGGUGUUUCUGGUCGGGACGCCCGACCUCGACGUGUACGAGGAGGACAACCGCCCAGGCUCGCUGGGCCGCGACAUCGUUCAGGUGACUUUUGGUGCGUCCCGCUGGCCGCCGCCGCCUGCCGUCCCGAGGCCGCAGGUGUACCGGUUCCGCGACGACCUCUCGAGCCUCGAAAUGGCGGCCAUGCGUGGCGCGGCUCGGUACUCGUCCGCGGGCCCCUUGGGGGCCUCUGAACCCACUCUUUCGCCUUGCAGGGGCA